GCGUCAAACUUUUGGCAGACAGAUCUUUUGAAGGAGGAGUAUUUAAUGCUUUGUCCCUGAUGUAAAGUGAAAGUAAAUAGGAAAGACAACACAUUCACAGAUAUGGCUUCCUCCCUGAAUGAAAGCCAAUUCCAGUGCUCCAUCUGUCUAGAGUUGUUCACUGACCCAGUUUCCACUCAAUGUGGCCACAACUUCUGUAAGAAUUGUAUCGGAGGGUAUUGGGACAUCAGUGACCUGUGCCAGUGUCCUUUGUGCAAGGAGACAUUUUACAGAAGGCCUGAGCUUCAAAUCAACACGUCGUUCAGAGAAGUUGUUGAUCAUUUUAGGAAUAAAAGAGUUAAUGAAGGGUGCAUUGCUGCAACUGGAGAAGUGGCCUGUGACAUCUGCUCUGGGAGGAAGCUCAAGGCCCUAAAGUCCUGCCUGGUGUGUCUGACCUCUUACUGUGAGAUUCACCUGGAGCCUCAUCAGAGAGUGGUGAAUCUGAAGAGACACAAGCUGAUUGACCCUGUGGAGAACCUGGAGGACAGGAUGUGCAAGAAGCAUGAUAGGCUGCUGGAGCUGUUCUGUAGGAGCGACCAGACAUGUGUGUGUCAGUUUUGUGCUGAGACAGACCACAAACAUCACCACACUGUGCCACUACAAACAGAAUCGCAACUAAAGAUGGCUCUUAUUCGGAGGUCAAAGGCGGAUGUGCAGCAGAUGAUCCAAGACCGGCAGCUGAAGGUGGAGGAGAUCAACGCUUCAGUGAAGUUAAGUAGAGACAAUGCAGAGAGUGAAAUAGCGGACAGUGUUGAAGUCUUCACUGCAUUGAUGCAAUCUAUUGAGUCAAGCCAGGCUGAACUCAUAGAGUUGAUUGAGGAGAAGCAGAAAUCAGCAGAAAGGCAGGCAGAAGGGCUCAUCAAUGACCUGGAGCAGGAAAUCACUGAGCUACAGAGGAGAAGUACUGAGCUGGAGCAGCUCUCACACACUGAGGACCAUCUCGACCUUCUACAGAGCUUUUACAAGCAAACUACCCUUCCAGAAUAUAAAAGCUGGACUAAUGUUGCUGUUUAUCAAGUCAACUUCUUGGGCUGUGUUCGAAAUACAGUGCUUCAAGUGAAAGACUCCACCGAAGACCAAAUAAGAAAGCUGUCAGCUAUUGAACUGAAAGAGAUGCAGAAAUAUGCAGUGGACGUGACGAUGGACCCCAACACUGCAGGCCCAUGGCUUAUCCUCUCUAAUGAUGGAAAACAUGUGAGAAAAUCGCCAAGGAAAUUGAAGGUCCCAGAUAAUCCUGAGAGAUUCACUGAGGAUGUCUGUAUCCUGGCCAAACAAGGGUACAACUAUGGGAAACAUUAUUGGGAAGUUGGGUUACAGGAGAAAUCAAACUGGGUUAUAGGAGUAGCUUGCGAGACAGUGCCUAGGAAGGAAUUAAUUUCACCUGAGCCUGAGAAAGGGUUAUGGACUCUGUGUCACAGGGAUGGCAAGGAAUAUCUGGCGUUCACAAAAAUUCCACGCCUUAUUUUACCUUUUCCCCGACCCCAGAAAGUCGGUGUCUUCCUGGAUUAUAAGGAAGGCCAAGUGUCAUUCUUUGAUGUUGAUGCAAAGUCUCACCUAUUCACUUACACAGGGUGCAAAUUCUCAGAGAAAAUCUUUCCCAUAUUUGAUCCUUGUCUUACUGCAGAAAGAAAUGAAGACCUUCCUCUUAUGAUUACUAUGGUGCAGAAGGCCUGGAGACACCUGCUGGUGCUCCCUCCCCAUAUCCCUGCAGAAGGGCUGGAGACACCUGCUGGUGCUCCCUCCCCAUAUCCCUGCAGAAGGCCUGGAGACACCUGCUGGUGCUCCCUCCCCAUAUCCCUGCAGAAGGCCUGGAGACACCUGCUGGUGCUCCCUCCCCAUAUCCCUGCAGAAGGCCUGGAGACACCUGCUGGUGCUCCCUCCCCAUAUCCCUGCAGAAGGCCUGGAGACACCUGCUGGUGCUCCCUCCCCAUAUCCCUGCAGAAGGCCUGGAGACACCUGCUGGUGCUCCCUCCCCAUAUCCCUGCAGAAGGCCUGGAGACACCUGCUGGUGCUCCCUCCCCAUAUCCCUGCAGAAGGCCUGGAGACACCUGCUGGUGCUCCCUCCCCAUAUCCCUGCAGAAGGCCUGGAGACACCUGCUGGUGCUCCCUCCCAAUAUCCCUGCAGAAGGCCUGGAGACACCUAAUGGUGCUCACUCCCCAUAUCCCUGCAGAAGGCCUGGAGACACCUGCUGGAUUUGCUUUACUACCGUGGAGUGCUUUCCCGUCAUGGUCGCUGCCCCAUCAGUGGUCACACCCAUCCCAGGCCAGCCCCACGAAGCCCAGCUUGAAGAGAUGGCGUCUUACAGCGCCAUUUCAGAGGACCAGUUCUUGUGCUCCAUCUGUCUUGGCGUUUUCACCAACCCGGCCACAAUCCCGUGUGGACACACCUUUUGCAAGUCUUGUCUGGAGGGUGACUGGAACAGCAGUGGAGACUAUGCAGUCUGUGCUGUGUGUAAUACGAGGUUCACGCCUACCCCCACCAUCCUGGUCAACAUAGUCCUGAGAGACCUUGUGGAAAGUUUCAAGGGGGCGAGUAGAUGUGGCGGCUCGGCCGUAGACAUUCCCACUGUGGCUCCGGGAGAGGUCUCCUGUGACGCGUGCUUAGGAUACGGGAUGACCAAGGCUGUCAAGACCUGCCUGGUGUGUGUGUCGUCGUACUGCCUGGAGCAUGAAGUGGUUCACAAUGCCCGGUUCUCCAGCCAUCAGCUGGUCAGGCCCCUGGCUAACCUGGAGAAGAGGAUGUGUUCGAAACAUGAGAGGCUCCUGGAGCGUUACUGCCGCACCGACAAGACCAUGCUGUGUGGGGGGUGUGAUACUCACCCGGAGCCAGCCCACCAGGUUGUGUCGCUGCAGGUAGAGUUCUUGGCUCAAAAGGCUCAGCUGACUGAAGCCCAAACAGAGGUAAAGGAGAAGCUGAAGGCCACUCGGAAAGAAGCAGAGCAAUUCAACUCUUCAUUCCAUCAUUGCAAGGAUGUAGCGACGAGCCAGAUCCAGUUUGUGAAUGGGUUCCAACUAGACCUGGUCAGCAAGGUGGGGCGGAUUUGUGAAAGCUACAACAUUGAGGCCCGUAGGAGGGUGGAUGAGAUGAAGAGCACAGCCUCCUGUCGGAGGCGUGUGCUUGAAGAUCACAUAACAGCUCUGACGAGCAGAGGUGCCGAGCUGAAGCGGCUGAUUGGCUCCUCAGACUCCUUUGCGUUUCUUAAUAUUCUUCCCUCUCUCCCUUCUGCUCUUCCAGAUGGGGUCGGAGAACAAUGCAGCAUCGACAUCCCCCCGGACCUACUGGGAAACCUUCUGCAUACCUUAAUGAAAGACAUAGCCAAACUAGCCAAGAUGGGCAACUGGUCUACAAAUUGCUAUGCUGCCCCAGAGAUUGCCGUGGUUAAAAAGUUCACAGUUGAGGUGACUCCUGACCCCAGCACAGCCCACCCAUCGCUCCUGUUCAAACAGGCGUCACGUGAGAUCCGAGUGGACCAGAGCACGAGGAGAAACGUCUGGCCCAUGUCUGCUCAGCGAUUCACCCAAGUGCUGUGCGUCCUCGCCCCCCAGGGGUUCAGCAGCCACCGAGCAUACUGGGAGGUGGAGGUGGAGAACUGGACUUCGAUGGGAUCUGGUGUGUGGUGUGUGGGUGUGGCAACUAAAUCCUCCAUGAAAUCACGAGGGGUGGAUCUCACCCCUGAGAAGGGGUUCUGGGUCCUGGUACACUGCGAGGGAAAGCUUUGGCCCUCCAACACAACCCCUGUGGCUGUCGGAACACAAAGGAGAAUGGCACAUGUGGGUGUGUACUUUGACGGGCGGGAGCGGCGCGUGUCUUUCUACGACGUGAAUCUCGGUCAUCACCUCUACACGUACCACCACGUGCCAACCAAUGCAAGACUCUUCCCUGUCUUCAGCCCUGAUUUCAUCAGUCCUGGAGACAACCCCGCCAACCACGUCAUGAUUGUUAGACCCUUUGCUGCUACAAACCACCAAUUGCUCACUGCUCAGAUUAAAAGACUGCAAGUACAAUACAGUGGAGUAGGGAGAACACUCUGGAGUCCUGUACAGAGACACGGGACUGUGUGGACACAUGAGAAACAGGAUACCUUAAUCAGCAUGCAGAGUGUGAGAUCCCCAGGGAGGGGGGGCACCUUAUCAGAGGAGUCAUUCCAAUGUUCAAUCUGUCUGGAGGUCUUCGUAGAGCCUGUCUCGACCCCCUGCGGACACAGCUUCUGCAAGGCCUGUCUUCAGGGCUACUGGGAUCACAGCAAGAAGUUCCAGUGCCCCAUGUGUAAGAAGAGCUACACCCGGAGGCCGGAGCUCAGCAUAAACCGUGUCCUCGCCGAGAUCUCUUCCCAGUUCCAGGGGCUCGAUGUGGGGGUGAUUUCACCGAACACGAAGGCGGGUGCGGUGGCUGGGUGUCUGGCGGUGGGACAUGGGUUUCACGGAGAGUCACCUGCGGCGGAGGGUGGAGAGUUCGCCCGGGUGGGCGAGGUGCCAUGUGAUGCAUGCAUUGGGAGGAAGAUGAGGGCAUUGAAGUCUUGUCUCAACUGUCCCGGGUCAUACUGCGACGCACAUCUCCGACAUCACAAGAAGGUGAAGUCUCUGACAUCCCACCGCCUGGUUGAGCCCAUGCACCGCCUGGAAGAGAAGAUCUGUAAGAAGCACGAGCGCCUGCUGGAGGUCUACUGUCGUAACGACCAUGGCUGCGUCUGCAUCUCCUGCGCAGAAGCCUCACACAAGACUCACGAGAUCGUCUCCGUCGACCGUGAGUGGAAGAAGAAGAUGAGUCAUCUGGGCAAGUGGAGGUCGGAGCUUAAACACCUAAUCAAGGAGCGGGCCAAGAAGUUGGAGGAGAUCAACCACUCCAUACGGGUCAUAAAAAGCACUGCCCAGAGGGAGUUGGAGGACAGCUGGCAGGUGUAUGCAGAGCUGCAGCGUCUAGUGGAGCAGAGCCAGGCUGAGCUAGUGGAGCUGAUUGCUACGAGACAGCGUGAGGCGGAGAGGCAUGCCCAGGAGCUGGCCCGAGGUCUGGAGGACGAACUGAGCCAGCUCCGGAAGAGGAGCGGAGAGCUGGACUCCCUGGCACAGAACCAGGAUAAAGUCAUCUUCCUCCAGAGCCUGCCCACCCUGGCGCCCCUCCCAGAGCCCAGUAAUUGGUCAGGCGUGAGUGUGAACACAGACCUCUACCUAGGAACCAUCCAAUCAUCCGUAAGCACCCUUGUCGACAGGUUCCAGGAAGAACUGAAGAGUCUGUAUGGAAAAGAGCUCAGGCAGCUGCAGAACUAUGCAACUGAAGUGUACCUGGACCCGGGUACUGCCCAGAGGAACCUGGUCCUGUCAGAGGACGGUCGCCAGGUGAUAUACGAGGAACGGAAGCACAACCAGUCGGAAGGCACUCGUCGCUUCAGCCCUGCACUCUUUGUGCUCGCUCGCGAGGGCCUCUCCUUUGGACGCCAUUACUGGGAGGUUGAGGUGGGCCGCAAGACUGCCUGGACUGUGGGUGUGAUGCGGGCAUCGGCCCGCCGGAAAGGAGAGAUAAAGCUGAGCCCUGACGGAGGGUACUGGUGCCUGUGGCUGAAGAGUGGGGAGGUCAAGGCUCUGGCAUCCACUCGACAGCCCCUCCAGCUGACCUCUCACCCCCAGAAGAUUGGCAUCUUCCUUGACUAUGAAGGUGGCCAGUUGUUGUUCUACGACGUCAAGGCGCGCACGCACCUCUUCACGUUCGUGGAUACUUUCAGUGAGAGUUUGUAUCCGAUAUUCAGUCCCUGUCUCAACCAGGAUGGAAAGAACACGGCCCCGCUCAUCAUCAGUGCUGUGAAACAUAGCUGA